CUAGGGAGGAAGAUAAAGACAUUUGCAACCAAGAUGGUAAUCACGAGUGGAAAUGAUGAAGACAGAGGAGGCCAAGAGAAAGAGAGUAAAGAAGAGAGUGUCUUGGCGAUGCUGGGGAUUAUUGGGACCAUCCUGAACCUGAUCGUCAUCAUAUUUGUAUACAUAUACACCACUCUGUGAUUGGCCCAGAGGCUCCUUAGAUGCCUCGGGAUGGCCAGAAGACAGGAGUCCUGUGUGUCAACCAAUCAAUGACCGGACGUUGCGCCAACAAGCAGGCUUGACCUACACACACCACUGGAUCAAAUGCACCUUCGAACUUUAUAAAAGGUCACAAAACUAAACCGAUCCUGCUGCGAGGAGCAGACACUAAAGCACAAUGAAUCCAACAAAACUCAUUCACACACCAAGGAACUCAACGUCUUUGGCAGGGGGCCCAGAGGAACGCUUGGAGGACCAGCCUUCGAUGCCGUCGGUGAGCAGAUGGGUACAGAAACUCAUUACCCCAGAUCGCUGACAGAUAAUCACGAAUUCAAAAAGAGGAGCAGGGUGGACGGAUGCAGCUCGUUGGUGUGUCUCCCGGGACAUUCGUUUCCUCUUCACUCGAUGAGCUGUUGAGUAGCUGAGAUCACAGGGACAGUGGACAGACAUCCCAUUCAUCCAAAGUGUCUAUUUGAUACAGGGGAGAUGACUUAUUUUUCUUUUUUUUUUCAUUGGCUUGACGUGUGUGUCUGUUCAUAUCAAGGUUUAUAAAUAUAUAUUUUUAAUAAAUGUGCUCUAUUUUUUAGCAUGAACCAAAUAUUUGGAGAGGCGCUCCUGGAAUCCUCGAGCUUUCUUUCGUUUUAUCUGCUUUGCCCCCUAGAGCGUAGAUGUUCUGUUGUGCAGUCAUUCUAGUCCUAUUUCUCUUAUCUUGAACCUUCUACCUUCUCUGUCUUUCUCUGUCUGGUCUGGAGGAUAUUUUCCCAUAAUACCAGCCCUGGUCUUGGUUGGUGCAUGUUGUAAGAUUGUCCGUGGAGCAGCUUCUUGUUGUUCUAUGAGAGAUUUAAAGUGAUCGUGGGCAUGUGGGCCUUAGGUGCACUGUAUCCUUACUGAGAAUUAUGCAUGAAGAAAGGCUGAGUGGUAGGUCAGCUUAGAAAAUUGUGGAAGACUACCGCUGAGGAAGAGUGCAGCUGCGCUGGCCGGUCAGCUUAUUAACGGCAUUCUCAUUUCACUCUUGUGACCAUGCGUAGAUCAGACUUUGGUUUUCAUGACCACGUCCGUGGGAGAUGGGCAGAACGAGGGGAAAAGCUCAGUGUUAGGUGCACAGUCCCUUCCUUUACCAGGCACCUGGGAUCCCCUCCAGAGUAGGCAGGGUGUAAGUGACAUGGACUUUCCGCUGCGAGAGCUCACUUUGGCCGUGAGGACACCCCUGGGACAGGUGACUCUUCAAGGGCAUGAGAAGGGACAUAGCAGUCGCCCUAAGGGAUUGCUGUGCUUCUUAAAGCCCCUGGUUUACAUCCACAUUAAGUUACUUUCUCUUUGGCAGGGAUGGUUAAAUACAUAUGAAUUUACCCCGUUCUCCUGGCCCCUGCCUGGCUGCAGCAGCGUGGUCUUAACGAAAGGGUCAGAAUGCCUUCUGCCAGCGCCAGCCUUGCCCGUGGGCAAAAGCAGCAGCAACCUGUCUAGUUGGACUCGAGGGAUACCCAGAGAU